AUGCCGCAGCGGCGCGACGCCAGCUCCAGGCGGGAGGUGCGGGAGGUGCAGGAGCCGCGCCCCAGCUCGUCCGUUCUUCUGCUGUCGCCCACAAACGAGAUCCUGCUCCUGCACCGGGUGCAAACGUCUCGGUCCUUUGCGUCCGCACACGUGUUCCCGGGCGGCAACCUGGACGCCUUUCACGACGGGGAGAUUCCUGGGGCCGGCAGCCCGGCGAGGCACCGCGACGGACCGGCAUACCGGAUGGGCGCCAUCCGCGAGACCUUUGAGGAGACGGGGAUUCUGCUGGCCACGCGGAACGGCGCGCUGGUCGACUUGUCCGUCGAGCAGAGGACCGAAGCGAGGAAGCAGGUCCACGGCAACGAGGUCAGGUUCGGGGACUUUUUGCAGUCCAUUGGCGCUGUAGCCGACACAGCUGGCCUCACGCCGUUCACGCGCUGGAUCACGCCGGCCAGCAUGGCCAAACGCUUCACCACGCAGAUGUACCUGUACCAGCUGCCCGUGUCGCCCUCGCGGGAGGGUCCUCCCUCGGAGAUGCUCGUCCCCACGGCGGACGGCGGCGUCGAGCACACGGCCGCGCAGUUCGCCCCGGUGCAGGCGUUUCUGCAGAGGGCGGCCGAGGGCGGCAUCGUCCUGUUCCCCCCGCAGGCGUACCUGAUGGCGCUGCUGGGCAGGUUCCUGGCGGGGCCGCCGGCGGCGGCGGCGGACCCGGAGGCGGCGGACCCGGAGGCGGCGGCGCUGCACUACGCGGGGCAGCGGAGCAGGCUGGCGGCGUUCUUGGGGCAGGUGGUCACGGCGGACACGGAGCGGGGCAGGAGGCAUCGCACAGCCGGGAUCGCGUGGGCAGACAAGGCCAUCUGUCCGUACCACGUGCUGCUGCGGGAGGAGGACGGCCGGGUGGUGCUGGGGCUGGACAAGCCGGGGCCGGAGCUGGAGGGCACGGACAGGGGGGGCGACUGGGAGAGGGUUGCGCUGGUCAAGUUUGGCGCGGGGGGGCCGUCGGAUGUCGAGAUUCGCAUGAGGGAGGACGUUGUGGGGGCGGCGGCGGCGGCGGCGGCGGCGGCGGGGGCGCCAGCGAAGACGGGAUCGAGGGUGUGA